AUGUCCCUGGUGGACCCUGGACUUUCCGUGCAGUCUGUCACAGAGCCUCUUCUGUCUCAAUGCCAUUUUGGACUGCCAAUAUUUUGCCCAAAAUGCAAUUUGAAGACCCAUUCUGAUUUAGAACUCCGUAGACAUGCUCUGAAUGUUCAUUUGUCGAUGGAAGAUAAUGGUCUCCAUACCAGCUCAAAUUUUAGCUGCCGACUAUUUAGUGUAAUUUUGCAACAAAAUAUUGAGUUGUCAUUUGACGAAGAAUCAAGGCCCUGUCGUGGAGUUGAGGCUCCGGGAAAGGCUCAACCUGAAUUACUUUCUUCCAUUGGUAUCGCAUAUCCUCGAUGCCCUUCUUCCAAUUCUGUUGGAAGCAAUAAUGCAUUGACACCGGUUUCUGAUACUCAACCGUCCAAACACUCAUUACCUCUUCCGAUUGUGGAUGCAAGCAAAUCUUCAAGAUCAUCUUGUUCUUCUCCAGAUGGUUCUUCUUCAGUGGCCAAUGGUUCAGUAUCAAUCUCUCCUCGACCUUCGUCGCCUCCAAUUAUAUACUCGUCACAGAUUAAUAAGGUGGACAUCAAUCGAGGAUCUUUCUACCCUCACAAUUUUCCUCGCUCAAACUUUCAUAGUAGUGCAUCUCAAGGGAAAAUGCAGUCGCAAAUGUCUAGGUUUAAUCUUAUUCCUUCUCAGCAUACUAUUCUUCCCACAAAUUCUAAACCGUCUUCAAUUCUUCCUCAUCAUCUACCUGCUAUGCACGCCAGUCGGCCCGCCAACCUUCCAAAUAUGGCUAAUAGUGAACUAAAGAAUCCCGACGGGUCAAUUCGUCUAUUUGGCGGCUAUCCUGAUUGGACUCGGAUGCUUGCUAGAUCAGACAAGAAGUUCACUUGCACUGUUUGUGAAAAUAGUAACGGCCUCAUGUACAAUGGUCGUACUGAAGCUGUUUUUCACGCUGUAACCAGGCAUAUUCUUGCAAACGAAGUGGAACAUGAUCUUUCUUACUAUGGCUUUUUGACGGCUGAUGUCAAAAAACGAAUUGGUCAUUUGUUUACUGAUGGUAUGCGUAUUCGUUCCGGAGUGCAUUAUAAAGAUGCUGAAUGUGUAGAAGCUGCUCUCUUCCGUUCUGUUGAGCUACAUCUUCGCUACAAAUCUUUGGAUCCGGCUCAUUCGGAUGCUCCUGAUAGGUCGAACAACCACAUAAUUUAUUCUUGCCAUGGAUGUAGAGCUACUUUCAGAGAUUCUCAGGUAAGUUGA